AUCUGAAUUUAAAGAAGCAAAAAAGAUGAGUGUGGAGUGAAGAGUGACGAGGAGUGUGUAGCCUUCAAAUGAGUUAUCGCUUCCAACCGCAACUCCAAUCGAUUCUUCUCACCACCUUUCGCUCACCUCACUUUCCCUUCUCUUCUUUUUCCCUUCUCAACUCCACAAGGGAAUCAUUCUGUUGUGGUAAAGAUUUGGAAAUGGAGGAUGUGAAGUUAGCUUCAGAAUUGUUGGUGAGGGAUCCUCUUUUGCUGGACAACAAGAUUGCUGCAAUUCGUUCUGCUGGUCCCCACAAGCUUCAGGUGAUUGCUGAUUUUGAUGCCACAUUAACAAAGUUUUGGAUUAAUGGAACUCGUGGGCAAAGCAGUCAUGGCCUUUUGAAGCAAGGUAAUCCGGAAUACGAUGAGAAAAGGCAGCGGUUAUAUGAACAUUAUCAUCCAUUAGAAUUUUCGCCAACUAUUGGACUUGAAGAGAAAACGAAGCUCAUGGAAGAGUGGUGGGGAAAAACACAUGGUCUUCUCGUUGAGGGAGGACUUACAUUCGAAUCGAUAAGACAAUCGGUUGCUGAUGCCAACAUUGCUUUUAGGGAAGGUGUUGGUGAACUCUUUGAAUAUUUGGAGGAAAGAGACAUUCCUGUGUUGAUAUUCUCCGCAGGACUUGCUGAUAUCAUUGAAGAGGUUUUAAGGCAGAAACUUCAUAGAUCCUUCAAAAAUGUGAAGAUAGUAUCCAAUAGGAUGGUAUUUGAUAAUGAUGGUCACCUUGUAUCUUUUAAAGGGAAAGUGAUUCACAGCUUAAAUAAAAAUGAGCAUGCUCUUGACAUGGCUGCGCCUCUCCACGAGCAAUUGGGCGAUACAGAUGAUCAAACUGCUGACAAUGCUUCGGUCAAGAAGAGAACCAAUGUUCUCCUUCUUGGUGAUCACCUUGGAGACCUGGGAAUGUCUGAUGGCUUGAAUUAUGAGACACGGAUAUCCGUGGGAUUCUUGAACCACAACAUUGAGAACUCACUUAGCAUCUAUCAAGAAGCUUUUGAUGUUGUUCUUGUGAAUGAUGCACCUAUGUGGGGAGUAAUCAAGCUGGUUUCUCAGAUGUGUUCAACUGAGAGCUGAUUAUUAAUUUUUCAAGUAACUGUAAGCUUCCUUAUAAAUUAUGAAAUUAAGGCAAUUCUUUUGGUGUCUAAAAAAUAAUUGCCUUAAUUUCAUAAUUUAUAAAGAGGCUGCUAAAAGAUUAAGGCAAUGCUUUUGCAAUCAUGGGAGAUGAAGUAUUUAUUUUGGUUACUUCUCCUCCUAAUAAAUUAAAUGAGCUUUUCUAGAAAUUAAAUUGAUUACCAUUCAUCUAACAACAUGUAUUGAUCUCAAAGUUUCCAGUUAUAUACUUCACUUAAUGAUAAAUACAUUAAACAAUGAAAUAUAGACAAUCUGAUGCAAAGCAUCUCACAUUAUGUAAUAUGUAGAGUCUUUGAAAGGAUUACAUCCAAAGAGUGUAGAGCAUAAUGUAUGCAGUCUAACUUAAUGCAA